ACGUUGCGUGGACGUGUGAAACAAACGUUAAGAGGAUUUAUAUUUUCACGGACACCUGCAGGUUUCCUCCAGACUUUGAUUAACUCUCUGUCAAUCAGAUCUUGGUGACUGUUUCUCUGUCUGGCGGAUUCUGUAUUUAACUCAACAAACGUCCUGAGGAUUAUGACUGUGGAACAUUUUUGAUUCGACAGGCUGAUUUCACUUUCCGACUUUUAUCUCUUUCAUUUUAAAAAGUGAAAUCGUGUCAGAAACUCAGAGUGACCGUCAGCUGCUGGAAGUGUUGGGAGUCGUCGGGAUGUUCGUCUGACACCUGACUGAUGCUACACCUGCAGCUGGAGCUGAACAUGGCGCCUCACUGCAUCACAUAGACCAGGAUCCCACAGCCAACACUGGUGAGGUCGCUGCUGUAACCAUGGCAGCCUGGGUGAAGCGGCCUGAGGGGCGUGGCCUGUCCUCUCUGUUCUCCUGUUGCUUCAAUGGAAGUGACCAACCGGAGAUCACCUACUGCCACGACAAUAUCAACGGUAUGGCUGCACUGGAGCCCUCCCUGCCCAUGCCCCCCCCUCAGGAGCUGGACUCCAUGUUCACGGAGCUGGUGGAUGAGCUGGGCCUCACAGAGGAGCACAGAGCCGCCAUGUUUUCUUUACCAGCAGAGAAAAAGUGGCAGAUCUAUUGUAGCAAGAAAAUGGAGGCAGAGGAGAAUAAAGGAGCGACCAGCUGGCCAGAUUUUUAUAUUGACCAGCUCAGGUCCAUGGCUGCUAGGAAGACUCUGCUGGCACUGGAGGAUGAUGAAGAGCAGGGAGGAUAUAAGAUGGUGGAUGGUCUGAAAACAGCACUGAGGACACAGCCCAUGAGCUUCGUGACGCGGUUCAUUGAGCUGGAUGGCCUCUCAUGUAUCCUGAACUUCCUCAAGUCCAUGGACUACGAGACCACUGAGUCUCAGAUCCACACCUCCCUGAUUGGCUGCAUCAAGGCUCUGAUGAACAACUCUCAGGGCAGAUCUCAUGUCCUGGGUCACUGUGAGAGCAUCAACAUCAUCGCUCAGAGUCUCACCACUGAAAACAUCAAAACCAAGGUUGCAGUGUUAGAGAUUCUGGGUGCAGUUUGUUUGGUGCCAGGAGGUCAUAAGAAAGUCCUUGAAGCCAUGCUGCACUACCAGAGAUUCGCCUCCGAGAGAACUCGCUUUCAGACCCUGGUGACGGACUUGGAUCGAUCUACAGGCCGCUACAGAGACGAAGUUAAUCUGAAGACGGCCAUCAUGUCCUUCAUCAAUGCUGUUCUCAGCCAGGGAGCAGGAGAGACCAGUCUGGAGUUCCGUAUCCAUCUGCGUUAUGAGUUUCUGAUGCUGGGCAUCCAGCCGGUCAUCGACAAACUACGUUCCCAUGAAAACGCCACGCUGGACAGACACCUGGACUUCUUUGGGAUGUUGAGGAAUGACGAUGAGCUGGUGAUGUCCAAACGCUUUGAUGGUGUCCAUAUAGAGACUAAAAGUGCGAGCCAGAUGUUCGAGCUGAUCAGGAAGAAGCUGAACCACACUGAAGCUUACCCUCACCUGCUGUCUGCACUGCACCACUGCCUCAUGAUGCCAUACAAGCAGAACAGCACCACCCUACAGUACUGGGUGCUGUUGGACCGGAUAGUUCAGCAGCUGGUUCUGCAGACGGACAAAGGUGAAAACCCUGACGUUGCUCCACUGGAAGACUUCAACAUUAAAAAUGUUAUACGCAUGCUCGUCAAGGAGAAUGAGGUCAAACAGUGGAAGGAACAAGCUGAUAAAAUGAGGAAAGACCAUCACAACCUCCAGCAGCGCUUCGAAAAGAAGGAGAGGGAGUGUGAGGCCAAGAGCAAGGAGAAAGAAGAGAUGAUGGCCAUGCUGAACAAGAUGAAGGACAAGCUGGAGCGAGAGAGCAACGACCACAAACAAGCUAAACUACAAGUGGCCGAGCUGUCUGCUCGGCUGCAGCAGCUCAGCUCUGCCUCCACCGUUCCAGGAGGACCUCCUGUCACCUCCGGCGGUUUAGCUCUCCCUGGUUUUGCCUCGUCCGUCCCCUCUCCUCCUCCUCCUCCCCCUCCUCCUCCACCGCCUCCUCCUCCAGGAGGCCCACCAGCUUUUGGCACGGCUCCAUUUGCUCCACCUCCUCCUCCUCCCCUUCCAGGAGCUCCACUAGGAAGUGUCCAGAAGAAAAACAUCCCUCAGCCACCGAACCCAAUGAAGUCCUUCAACUGGAGCAAACUGCCUGAGAACAAGACAGAAGGAACCAUCUGGAAAAACAUCGACGAUCUCAAGGUCUUCGGAGUCCUGGAUCUGGAGGAGUUCCAGAGGACCUUCUCAGCUUACCAGAAGCCACAAAAGGACGCUGAGGACGAUCACAGUUUUAUUAAGAAAGUGAAGGAGCUGUCAGUGAUCGACGGUCGCCGAGCACAGAACUGUAACAUCCUGCUCUCCCGGCUGAAGCUGACCAAUGAGGAGAUGCGCCAUGCCAUCCUGACCAUGGAUGAACAGGAGGACUUGCCUAAAGACAUGUUGGAGCAGCUGCUGAAGUUUGUUCCUGAGAAGAGCGACAUCGAGCUGUUAGAAGAACACAAGCAUGAGCUGGACCGUAUGGCCAAAGCAGACCGCUUCCUGUAUGACAUGAGCAGAAUCAACCACUAUCAGCAGAGACUCCAGGCUCUCUACAUUAAGAAGAAGUUUGCUGAGAGAGUGGAUGACGUCAAACCUAAAAUCAAAGCUCUGUGUGUUGCGUCCAGGGAGGUGGUUCAGAGCGGGACUCUGCGUCAGCUCCUUGAGGUGGUCCUGGCCUUCGGGAACUACAUGAACAAAGGACAACGAGGAAACGCCUAUGGAUUUAAAAUGUCCAGUCUCAACAAGAUCGCUGACACCAAGUCCAGCAUAGACAAAAACAUCACUCUGCUCCACUACAUGAUCACUGUCCUGGAGAAGAAGUACCCGAAGGUGGCAGCGUUCAGUGAAGAGCUGCAGAAUGUGCCCCAAGCUGCUAAAGUCAAUAUGACAGAGUUGGAGAAGGACAUUGGGAAUCUGAGAUCUGGUCUGAGGAGCGUUGAGGCGGAGCUGAAGCACCAGCAGGCCCAGGCCUCUCACAGUCCUGCGGAUAAGUUUGUCCCUGUGGUCAGUCAGUUCAUCACCGUGGCCUCAUUCAGCUUCUCUGAGGUCGAGGAGUCUCUCACUGAGGCCAAAGAACUGUUUGUAAAGGCACUGAGACACUUCGGAGAGGACUCAUCCACCCUGCAGCCGGACGAGUUCUUUGGGAUCUUCGACACUUUCCUCGGAUCGUUCUUAGAGGCUAAACAAGACAACCAGAACAUGGCCAGACGCAAGGAGGAGGAGGAGAAACGGGCUCUCAUGGAGGCACAGCUGAAGAGAGAGCGGGAGCAGAAGCUGAAGAAGGCCAAAGCAGAUGAAGAGGAGGGCGGCGGGGAGUUCGACGACUUGGUGUCCGCUCUGCGCUCUGGGGAGGUGUUCGAUAAGGACUUGUCCAAAAUGAACCGCAGAAAGCAGCGGAGACACAACAUGUUCGACAGCAGCAGAGAGAGACCGGCAGCAAAACUCAACCAGUGACAGGAAGCAGCGACACCUCCCUGAGACCGAUGGAGGCUUCAUCCACACUGAUGGGUCAUGGUUGUAUAUACAGUAGAUAUAGAUACAGACAGUGUAUGUAUAGAGUACAAAAACUGAAGUGUUAAAGCAAGAAGUUGUGCUUUUACAGGAGGUUAUGGACAAGACUAAAGCUGUGUCCCAAUUAAGGGGUUCGGAGGAAGUGGUCUACGUAGCUGUUGUAGACCCUGAAGGCCAAACCGGAAUGAGACGGUCUGGCCUAAGGAGGAUUUUUUCUUGGCAUCACCAGCUAUGUUCGCCCUUACCGUCGUGCCAUAAAGCGCUGCUCCUGUUGCCUAGCAACCUUGACAACAUGUAACUUUUUUUUUUAAAGCCCGUGGUUUUAACAGUUAUUGUUAGGUGUUGAAAUGAGCUGGAAUUCAAUACUUACAUUUAAAAGUGUAAUCCUCAGGCUUUAUAUUAUACACAUAUUCAAUACAACAUACGUUCAUGUUUUAUUUUGCUGCCUUGUGUAAAGCACUUUGUAACGUGGGUUUAGAGGAGUGCUUUAUAAAUAAGAUUAUCUUGGGCUAGGUUGGGCCUACCUAGUCACAUUUCAACAGCCUUUCGACAAGCCUGUUGAAAUGUGGCAGCCUAAUCGCGCCGCUGAAUUGCGACACAGCUUAUCCUUUUGCCGACCUCAGUGACUCAUUGGUUGGUUGCCUGGCAGUGUCAUCGUGAUGAUUGUCCACUUGCUCACUCACUCACCCACAAUAUAGAGUUUUCUACACAGAAGACUGACUAGGGGAUACGUGCAGACAGCAGCUGACACAUUUCAGACUCUGCUUAAAUUGCUAAAUAAUUAUUAUCUCUACACGUAAAGAAACACGAGCAUCUGCAUCACGAGGUGAAAUACAUUCAAAUACAGAGCAACCUGAAGUCUGUUUUGGUCAGUUCUUACUGCUGUUGUCAGUUUGUGUUAUUGUAAGAGUUUCAUACUGUAUUAAUUACACUUCUGUCCAAAGCAAAUUUAAAGUAUAGUAUUCAUUUAUCUUAUUUUUUUUUUUUUUUUUUAAUGACAUUGUUUUUAAAGCAACAGUAGGCCCACUGUUGUUAGAGCUCACAAGUAUUGUUAUUUAGAGAUGUUAUUUAUUUAUCGCUAAUAUACAUUUAUAAGAAUAUGAAAUCACUUUUAACUAGCAGCUAACGUUAGCACCUAGCAUGUUAGUGAGAUGGCUUCUGCUGCACUUUCACAAGACAGGCUGCAAUGCAUGAUGGUUUAACUGGAGCAAUAAAGUGUACAGCUUCUGUACACUGAAUUUGAUGUGCCUCGUGACACGUGACAGCGUGUAGUUGACGGGAACCACAAAGUAGUUUCAAAUUCAACUUACACUGACUCUAGUUUUAAUGUAAAAAAAAAAAAAAAGAGAGAGAGUGUGUGCUUGUGAGUGUGUGUGUGUGUGUGAGUGUGUGCUAUAAGUGUGAGUCUGGGGAUGAACUGAUGUAUCUGUACAGGAUGUUUUGCACAAUAUAACAUCAUAUAUAAGGGACCAUGAGUGAUAUAGAGUUAUAAUAUUGGAUUGACUGGAUGUGGAUGAUUGUGUUUGGAGUCUCAGUGUCUUCACAGACAGUUUAGUUUAGUUGAGUUUAUGUAACUUCAUGUAUGUGCCUGAAUGUAGUGACAUGAAGCAGAAGUCUAGCUUGUGUUAUUAGUUAUAAUUGAAAUAACACCUUUGAGUGUUUUUAUGUUUUUUUUAAUGGCACAUUUUUGUAAGAGAGAAAGUAACAAAAACACACAUUCAUCCUAAGAUCAAAUAUAUUUGACCUACAUUGUUUAUGUAUGUGCACAGCUCUGGUUUAUUGCAGUUCUGAAAGAAAAACUUCUGUCGGUUCAUCCUCUAAAACAUUUAUUGAUCAAUGUGAAAUUUAUAUAAAAAAAAAAAAAAUGCAUCAUUUAGUAACUCUCAAUAUUUUUGUUCUGUUUUGUUUUUGUAAAGUGUUCAGGUGUUUGUUGCUGGUUGUAACACCUCCCCAUUUAUUCAUUCCGUCAUUUUACACAACAGUAUGUGAAUAUCUGCACAGGUAAUAUUUGUAUUCAUGAAGUUGUUGUUUCAUUUUAAUAUUUACAAUUUGAACAAAUUAUGAACAAAACACUUCAGUUUCAUUCCUUACAGAUAGAUAAUUAAAAUUGUACUUAAUUGAGAAUCAGUAUUAUCAGUUAAUGUGGGUAUAUGUUGUGAUAUAAGUGUGAUAUAGAUGAAAUCACAGGUGUUAUUAUUUAAAAAGAAUUACAGUCCAGUAACAAAUAUUAUUGAUCAGCUGCUCUUCGUGUCCUCUGAUGGCUUUAAAUGGGUUUGGUAGAAAAACUGAGGAAAGAUUAUUCCUGGUUGAUUUGGAUCAAAAGUCUCCUGUGUCAGUUAUUGUACUUUAGUGCCAGGUGUAUCUGUUGGACUCAGCAGCCUUUAUUUAUGUAUAGAGAAUCUAAACUAUCUGAACUGACACUUAGCCACAUGUUCACUGAUCUGGAACCAUUUACAACAUCACAUUUCUAUUCAAAAACCUCAGAGGAUCCAGAUGUAUCCCUCUGAUUAGUGAAAAUUUGUCACAUCUAUUCAAAAUCUUAUUUCCUGUGUGGAGGGUUUCCAGCUCUGUGGGAUAUCUGGACUCUUUAAUUAACUGUAAAUCACAUAUAGUGAUCUUCUGCCUGUUGAAGAGGCUGUUCUGUGCUGCCACAAUGUAUGUCAAGCUCACUAAAUGUCACUAAGUAAAAGUGGGAAUAACAAUA